AUGAGGCCUCUUCCGACGCGUCCCCCCAUUAUAAGGAUCGCCAAUGGCACCUUUUACCGACACCAUCCCAACGCGGCAUCCUCACGCCCCAACCCACCGCUCUUUAGCGACUUGAGCUUUGAGCUCGCUUCAGCGUCAUCCAAGCCUCGCAACUGGUGCAUCGUGGGACCUUCGUUGUCAGGAAAGACAACUUUCCUACAGGCACUGAGGGGGAGGUUUCUCUGCGAUCCUCCCGCUGCCCGGUCUUAUCCGUACUUGUCUACAGACGCUGUUUCGAGCCGGUUGCGGACACCACAAAAGGCUAUUCAGUAUGUGGGAUUUGAUGCUGAGCAGGGCGGAGGGAGCUUAGGCGGGAAUGUUGCUACGAGUGCGUAUCUGUCAGCGAGAUAUGAGUCGAGACGUGAGAUCACCGACUUUUCUCUCAAAGACUUUUUGCUGGGCAACACGGAGUUGAAUCCCAUGAAGGAAAACCUGGAUGACGAUGCCAGCAUCUCACAGGAUCUCCUUGCUAGAGUCGUCAGAGAUCUCAAGCUCGAUCAUCUCCUCGAUCUACCCGUUUCGUUCCUCAGUAACGGACAAGGUCGAAGGGCUCGUAUCGCUCGUGCCCUUCUCACAAAGCCCGAGGUGCUGCUCCUCGAUGAGCCCUUCAUGGGACUCGAUCCGCCUACAGUCACAGGCCUGAGCCCGUUGCUUCAAUCGCUGGCUGAAAAGGCAAGCCCCCGGUUAGUGCUCAGCGCGCGACCGCAGGAUCCGGUGCCCGAAUGGGUAACGGACUUGGUGUACCUAAGGACAGACUGCCAGGUGGGCUCGAUGGGACCCAAGGAAGAGGUCCUUGAUGGUCUGAAGAAGUACAUUCAAGGAGUGCGAAAGGGUGGGCUCGUCGAGGACGAGAAGUUGCCACUCCACUCUCUCGUUGAUAUUGGACGUGUUCUCCCUUCAAGCGCAUCCACUGAGGGAUCGGGUCACCUGGAGCACGCAUCUUACAAGGAGCUUGAACCCGUGAACCCCAAUGCUGAGCCGUUGGUGGAGAUGGACGGGUGCAGAGUUCAAUAUCAAGGAAAGAUUGCGCUGGGUAACUGGACUCAGAAGACUACUGACGGCUCCAAGGAUGGAUUGAUAUGGACAGUUCGACGGGGUGAGCGCUGGGGAGUCUUUGGACCCAAUGGAUCAGGAAAGACGACUAUCGUCUCCUUGCUCUGCUCAGACCAUCCCCAGUCCUACUCCCUUCCCAUCAAGCUGUUUGGAGGAUCUCGUCUUCCAGAGCCGGGCUCUGGUAAACGGCCACUUACUUUUUGGGAUAUCCAGUCCCGAAUCGGACACUCUAGCCCGGAAGUUCACCAGCACAUGCCUCGUAACCUGACAGUUCGUCAGGUUAUUGAGAACGCGUGGUCAGAGACCUUCCGCGCAAAGCCAAAACUGGACGAUGCAGCCCGGGAAAAGGUUGAGGCUGCCCUCGAAUGGUUUGCGCCAGAGCUGAACCCAAGCUACUCAUCACCUUCGGGCGAGAAGCUCGCAUGGGCAGACGAGUACAUGUUUGGCGGUCUCUCUUUCAGCGCGCAGCGUGUGGCCCUAUUUAUUCGCUCCAUGAUCAAGGGUCCAGACGUGGUUGUUCUCGACGAGGCCUUCAGCGGCAUGGACGAUGCAGUACGGGACAAGUGCACGCUGUUCCUGGAAGAGGGCGAGGCCAAGGCAUACCGAGGCGAGGAGGUUAUUGAGAGCGAUGCCUCCAAGUCUGGCCAGGUCAAGAUUCCGGGUCUUUCUGACAACCAGGCUCUCAUUUGCAUUGCUCACGUCAAGGAGGAGGUGCCCGACUGUGUGAGGGAGUGGCUGUGUCUCCCAGAGGCCAACACAGGGCGAGCUGCGAGGUUCGGACGGCUGGAAGGUCCGCUGAGGACUGACGAAGGGAGAUGGCGCGAGGUUUGGGGAUUCUAA